AUGACGAGAACAGGCCCUACAAAUAAUUCUAUCUCGUGGGAAACCAAGAGCAUUAUUCCAGAUGAUGGCAGCAGAAUCGACUCGGUCGCAUGUCAAGAUGCGAGGCCAAAAGGGCGUAUUCGACGAUCAAUGACUGCUUGUAAUACCUGUCGCAAGCUCAAGACUCGCUGUGAUGUGGAUCCCCGUGGUCAUGCUUGUCGUCGCUGUUUGUCACUUAGGCUUGAAUGCGAGCUCCCCGAGACAACAGAGCGGUUCCAGGACAAUGCAUCAACCUGGUCUGACGCUACUGCUGUACCAUCGAUCGAGGAACGGCUUGUCUCUCUCGAACGAGGCAUGGGGGAGAUGAUACAUCUGAUGCGACAGAUAGUAAACCGCUCCCCUAGCAUGUCCUGCAGUCCAACCUUGCAGGCCAGAAGUGACAGCAUAGAUGGAACAUCUUCAAACGAUAGCAUGUCCUCAUCUUUCUAUCCGCUCAAGCCAGCACAGCUCAUUCGAGACCUGCAAGCCGAAUGCUUCGGCGAGAGAAAUCACUUGUCCGAUGCGGAUAUCCUCGGAGACAUCGUCACCCAGGGAAUCGUAGAUUCCAAGCUUUCCAUGAAAUUGAUUGAACUUUUCGUCGAAUAUUUCGGACAUUGGGUCUCAAUAAAUCAUUCGUCCAAUAUCCAACGGUCGAAUACCCUCCUUUUCAACACUGCAUGUCUCCUAGCUUCGCGCUAUAUGCCUGGCCUACCACAGCAAACUGUCCGCGACAUCUCACUCCACGUACAGCAUGCCGUGGCAAAGGUGUUGUGGAAGCCCCCGCCUCUGACAAGCGAUAUGCUGCAGGCGUUGACAUUGCUUUGUUUAUACUCUACUUCUAUUCACAAAGAAGGACUUAUGGACGACUGGUUACUGAGCGGGAUCUCGAUCAACCAUGCCCUAAUCACAUUCAACUUCCUCAAUACCUUGCCAGGAGACAGUUUAAACCCGGACGAGCUACUUGCUCAGCUGCGUCUGUGGAAUACACUCUGCGCAACCCAGCUACACUCUGCUCUCGCAAACGGCCGCACUGUCAACAUCCAACAACAAUAUAUCGACCAAUGUCCCCGCAUCCUAGAACACGCAGGCGCCACAACAGAAGACGGGAGAAUCGUUGCAGAAAUCCAACUAUACCGCAUCGCCCUCCGACUCCAACACAGCCAGCACCGCCUCCAAUUCGCAGAAUCCGAAUACGAAGAACUGGAGCGCUGGAAGAUGGAAUGGGCACAUCUAAGUACAUCAACCCUCCGCCCAUGCAAACCUAACCCCAACCUAACAACCACCCUCCCAACAGCCACCAGCGAAGAUUCAACUCUCAAUCUCAACCUCUGGUUCUGCCAACUACUUCUCCACCGAUCAGCCGCCCGCCUCCAACCCGACAACGAGCGCCUCCUCCCCGAAAUAUGCGCCACGGCCCGCCUAAUAAUAACCCAAUUCCUCCAAACCCGCUUCACCUCCGCACCCUCCUUAAUCGACCAUGUCUACUUCAUCGUCGGAUAUGCCGCGCUUACACUCUGUGAUUACACGCUCACCGACCCACUGAUCAGCCAAGUCCGCGGCUUCCUACUGCACCUCGCCCCAGGCGGCGAUAACCUCUCGUACCGGAUUGCGUGUAUUGUUGGCGAAGUGCAGCGGCGGUACUCGGAGGCAACAGCUGUUGUUGCUACGGGGUCUCAUUCGUCGUCGCCAGUUGCCGAUGUCAAGGGAGUGCAUAUGUUCAGUCCGCCGCAACAUCAUCGUCCCGGGAUGGAUCUUUCGCAGCUUAUGUCUGGCACAGAGGGCUUAGAUUCUCUUGUUGAGGGAUAUAAUUGUCUUGAGCAAAUGAUGCCUGCGUAUGCGGCUUCCCAACCUGGAUUUGAGGCGCCGGAUUUGUUUCAUCAUUCUCCUGGGGCUGCUGCUUCUGGUGGGGCUAUGCCUGUUGGCCUGGUGCCGAGGGCUUUGCAUGAUUGGUGA